AUGAAUACUGCUGUAUCCAAGGCCAGUCUUGGAGAAGAACACCAAAACCUGGCAAAACUGUUUUGUAUGGAGCCAGGGAAUGACUGGGAGGAGGUGUUCGUUGGCAUCUGCUCUGUUCUUCAACGAGUGAGUGUUUUUACCAAUUUGUUUGAAAGUGUAUUCACAAUAUGGAAGGUCCUCCCAAUGGUGAUUAACGAAAUGACUACAUAUGAAGCGGUGGAUGAAAUGUUACUAUUAUGGAAGGAAAGCAAGUUCUCCUACUCCUUGAGUUUUCUUCAGUCGGAGGACCGCGAUUCUAUCAUGAUGCUGAUUCAAGCCGCGCAAAAAGCGACCGCGGAGCAUCGCGCCACCAACGACAUUUCCGAAGAAGUGUCUCUAGAUCUCCCUUCCGUGUCCGUUGACUCUGUCCACGAGAUCUAUCUCAUUUUGUCCAAUGCUGACGUGAUCCAGCGCGAUUCGUUCAGAACUCUAUUAUGUAAAAAUGAAUACGCUUAUCUUCACGAUCUUUUGAACGUCUUUCCCCAGCUGGAAGAGCAGCACAAGCAGGACUCGCUCACCGAGUUGUACGACAUCUGUCACUUGAUCUUAGACUUGGGGUAUGAAGAUUUGGUGGGCGAGCUUUUCGCGGACGACAAUUUCAGCAAAUUCAUCGGAAUCAUGGAGUACAAGCCGGAACUGCCCUUCAAAGCGGAGUAUCGGCAGUUUUUCAACACGCAGGUGCAUUGCUGGAAUACUAUUCCGUGUCUGACGGAGGAGGUGAAGGCGUUGAUCCACAAACUCUAUCGCUUGAUCUUCUUCCGCGACGCCGUGGAUCCGCAACCCAUCAACGAGAUCAUUCCCUCCGCUUUAGGGAUUCAUAUCAUCGACACACAGCACAAAAUCGUUUUGUCCAUCGCUACAAAUACCGCGAUUCUUGAUAUGAUUCUGGCGUGGCUGAAAGGAAAGAACUCGGAACGAAAGGUGUCGAUUGGAAUUUUGACGGAAUUGAUGUUUCACACGAAGGAAUUGGGUGUUGAAGAACAAGAAUUGAUCGUGAAAAAGCUGGAAGGUUCGACGGAUCGGCUUUCGAAUUCGCUUUUUGAAUUGCUGGGCGAGCGAAGCGUGGAGGAGCACGAUGUGUCGAGGCUGAUGAACAUUCUGGAUUAUCGCGUGUCGUUCAAUAGCGAGUCGUUCCGCGAGUUCGUUCUGGCGAAGAAGUGCGGAUUGUUCGAGAUAGUGAUGAGCAAGCUGAUCGAUGAUGUAUGUUGUUUUAUAAUGUUGUUUUGA